AUGUCGUCCCGGCUCGACGAUGCCUGGCUCGGGAUUCACUUUCAGCAGCUGCAGGCCCGAUUCAUACAGCUGAUGCAGAGGGUGCAGCAGGGAGGCCUGGACCAGAUGAUGCAUGUGACCAAGCCCCACAUGUUCAACGGAUCGUGGAUGAGAGAUGUAACCACUCACCAACAACUUCUAGGCCAGGCCUUGAAAUACGUCCCCGGUCCUGACGUUUGUCUUCGUAUUUUCAACUUGUUGCACCCUCCGAAGACGUUCCCCAGCGUGCAGGGGGAUGAAGGUGCGAUCAUGUCGUACUAUGGAGAUGGCCAAGAACCCAAGCAAGCUUGGGCAGGUGCGGAAGAUCCGUACCUGCUGGGGCCGGAGGACGAAGGCAUCACGCAUGCACGCCGCGAAGAGCUCUUGAGGGCGAUACGUGAACAGAGACAGCAACUGGACCUGAAGGAUGAGCAGCUGGAGGAGCAGAAGCGCCGGCUCGAGCGCUUCCAGGUCGAGCUGGCGCGCUGCCUGGAUCCCGAUGAGGCGAAGCUGCUGCGAGCUCGCCUCGCGAAGGCCAAUGCCCAGAUCACAGAGCAGGCCGCAGAGCUUGAUGACAGCAAUGCGAAGGCUCGUGGCAUGGAGGGUCAAAUCUCUGUUCUGACGAAUCGGUUAAAGGAAGAGACAGACAGCAAUUCCAAGCUGGUGGCAGAGCUCUGCGCGCUUCGACGACAGCUCGAGGCAGAGUAUGCGGUGCGAGGCGAGCAGAAGUCCUGGCAGGAGUGCUUUGAGCAGGAGCAGAAAAAGUCGGAGAUACUGCAACAGAAACUGGAGGCGCAGGUCAAGGAGGCUGCUGCCAAGCAGCUGGGUGCUGAGACGUCGAAGAAGCAGCUGCAGGAGCAGGUCCUGCAGCUUCAGGAGCUGUCAAAGGCAGGAGAGCAAGCUCUCGCAUGGAAGGCAAAGGCAGAGAAGUUGGCAGGCGAGCUGCAAGCCUCGCGUAUGGCACAAAGUCUGCUUCAGGGAGAGUUGCAGGCAGCGCAGCAGCAUCGAGAUGCUUUCCAAGAAGCGAUAGAUGAGGCUGCGCGCACAGCCGCGAACCUGGGCAUCAUGGAGCAGCGAGCCAGAACUGCCGAGCAAGAGGUGGCCUAUCUCACUACGAAAGUGCAGGCCGCCGAGAAGAAGGCUUCAGAAGUCCCAAUGCUGGAGGCACGGCUGGCCGAGCAGGUAAAGAAGAUGGAAAGCCAGGACAAGAACUGGCAAAAGGUUUUCUCCAGCUAUCCUCUAGUUGGCCAGCUCCUGUUCCCAAACCCAAAGUCUUCUCCACUGUCCAAGCCGGAGGCGACCAUUGCAGCAGGUGCCGUGCCAUCGGCUGAGGUGAGAGAGAAUGAUGCUUCGAAGUCGGCGACUGGGCCGAAGGAGCUCACUCUGGCUUUCAGCCAGGAGGGAGCUGAAAGCUUGAAGGGAAUCAGCCAGGACCAGGCCGCACACCACGCUUCCGCAACCAGGCCCUUGCUCCAAGAGGACGAUUCCGGAACUUCUGCGGAGAAGCUGAAAGGGCCCCCGGUGGAGACCCUCAAGGCAGUGCUCGGAGCAGCACUGGAGAAGGCUGGGGGCGAAGUCGACCGCGUUCGCCAGGAUUUGGCGGCCAGUCUGUCGGCAACUGCCGCGAGCUCUGGGUCGAAGGAG